AUGGGUACCGAAAAAACAUAUGAAUCAUAUAUUAAUACCAAAUCCAGUGACGAAAUUGUUAUUUCUGGCAUGGCUGGCAAAUUUCCAGACUCAGACAAUAUGAAACAAUUACAAGAAAAUCUAUUCAACAAAAUUAAUCUUCUUAGAUUAAAUCGAUGGGAUAUAGGGCAUUCGGACUUACCACUUCGCUCGGGAAUAAUUAAUAAUCUGGAAAAGUUUGAUGGAUUUUUUGAUAUAUCUUUCAAACAAGCAAAUACACUUGAUCCUAUGACAAGAAUGUUACUGGAACAGAGUUACGAAGCAAUUAUCGAUGCAGGGAUUAAUCCAAAACAAUUACGAGGAAAAAAUACUGCUGUAAUUAUUGGAACGUGUUACUUUGAAUCACAACUGGCAUUUAUGUACGAAAAUUUGCAGAUAUCCGAAGGAACCAUUGUAGGAUGCUCCAAAUAUGCAGCGGCAAAUAUGAUAUCUCGUGCAUUCGAUCUGAAAGGACCAUCGUAUACAGUGGAUACUGCCUGUAGCUCUGGUAUAUACGCUAUCGCAGCUGCAUAUGAUUGUAUUAUGUCAGGCCAAUGCGAGGACGCAAUAGUUGGAGCCGUAAACCUUUGCUUACAUCCUAUUAUACAUAUGCAAUUCUUUCGGCUUGGUCUUUUAUCUUCUGAUGGAAUUUGUAGGCCAUUUGAUACUAAUGCAAGUGGUUAUUCACGUUCCGAUACCAUCUCGGUAAUAUAUCUUCAAAAAGCUAAAAAUGCAAAAAGAAUUUAUGCUGUGUGUAAGCAGAUUAAACUCAAUAACGACGGUUACAAAGAAGAAGGAAUAACAUAUCCAUCAUCACGCAUGCAAAGUGUUUUAUUAACAGAGUUUUACAACGAAUGCAAAGUAUCAACAUCUGACUUGGAUUACAUUGAAGCACAUGCUACUGCUACUAGAGUUGGCGAUCCUGAAGAAAUCAAUGCUAUUCAUAAAGCUCUGUGCCAAAAUAGAAAAACCCCUUUGAUGGUGGGAUCCAUAAAAUGCAACCUUGGUCACGCAGAACCUGCCAGCGUUUUCACACAAAUCGCUAAAGUGAUAAUAGCAUUUGAAACCGAUUUUGUACCGCCUAACAUUAAUUUUGCAUCACCGCGGGACGAUAUAGACGCCUUAAUGGAUGGAAGCAUCCGUGUCAUCACAGAAGCAAUGCCUCUUAAAAAUGGUUACGUAGGCAUAAAUUCUUUCGGUUUCGGUGGAGCCAAUGGUCACAUGUUAUUACAAUGGAAUGUCAAAAAAAAAGUUGCUAAUCAUCCCAUAGAUGUAGAAUAUAUCCGUUUACUACACGAUAUUCACACUGACGCCAUAGAUGGUCAUUCAUGGAGAGGAUACAUUAUACUGAAUUCUCAGCAAAAAUAUUCCAUACAACAAAUUCAAAAUUGUAAAAACAUAAAACGACCUAUUUGCUUCAUAUUCUCUGCCUUAGAAUUGCAAUGGCCAGAAAUGGGUAAAGAGUUAUUAAAAUUUCACGCAUUUGCGAAUGCUGUAAAAAUGUGCAAUGCUAUUUUAAAACCACAUAAUAUAAGUGUUACGAAUAUAUUGACGAAAAUGGAUGAAAAAUUAAACAAAAACGCUUUACAUACUUUUGUUGGCAUCAUCGCUAUUUAGAUUGGCUUAGUAGAUUUCUUAACAUCUAUAGAGAUUAUUCCGGAUUACAUAAUUGGUCAUUUUGUUGGUGAACUUGGUUGUGCUUACGCAGACGGGUGUCUGACUAUGGAACAAACUAUUUUGUCAGCGUACUUUAUUGGUUUAGCAUGUGUGAAAGAGAAACUAGCUCAUAGCUCUAUCGCAGUUGUCAAUUAUGAUUACAAUUCUCUUAAAGAUAUAUGUCCAGCAGAUAUUGAAAUAAUAUGCAAAAACAACCAAAACAGCAAUAUUUUAACAGGCCCCGUUAAAUCCAUGCAAGAGUUUUUGCAACAAUUGCAGAAGAACAACAUUCACGUGACAACAAUCUCCAGCAACAACAUACCGCAUCACAGUCGUUAUCUCGCUUCUCUGAAAUCGCAGUUUUUUACAAGUUUGAACGAAAUAAUUUCACAGCCGAAAGAAAGAAGUCCCAAAUGGAUCAGCACCUCCGUACCUCGCAAUGAAUGGUCCAAUUCAACGUUAAAAUUAUGCUCAGCAAGCUACCAUACGCGCAGUAUAUUAAACACCGUUCUUUUUGAACAAGCAACGCAUAUGAUCCCAGAUAACGCUGUAAUUAUCGAAAUUGCACCAGUUAGCAUUUUACAGGACAUUUUGAUAGAAUCGGUUUAUUCAAAAGUAACAAACAUUGUACUGACUAAGCGUAGUGAACCAAAUGCUAUCGAUUUAAUAUUGCAAGGGAUUGGAGAACUCUACAACUGUGGCCUACAGCCGUGUAUCGCUAAUUUGUAUCCACCGGUGAAUUUUCCAGUUAGCCGAAGCACUCCUAUGAUCUCUCCAUCAAUUAGAUGGAAUCAUUCUGAAGAUUGGUAUGUAUGUACAAAAAAAACACCGACAAUAAUCAGAUCCAGAGCAAGAAAAAUAGAAAUUUCGACGAAUGACGAUGAAUAUAGCUUUAUAACCGGUCACGUCAUUGACGGAAAAAAUUUGUUACCUGCGACAAGCUAUCUAGUGUUUGUUUGGGAAACGGUUGGAAUGAUAAUGGGUGCAAUGUACAAUUCAAUAUCAAUAGUAUUUCAAGAUGUAAAAUUUAUUCGGGCUACACAUUUAUCGAACGAAGGCUCUGUGAAUUUGACAAUAACAAUACAGAAAGAGAGCGGCAAAUUUGAAAUCACUGAAGGAGACAGCGUUGUUGUAACAGGUGAAAUACACGUUGUAUCAAAUGCCAAACAAGAAAUGAUGCCGAAUGAUCUGUUGUCGGUGGAUACUGAUGAGGAAGAAGAUAUGACUUCUCGAGACAUUUACAAAGAAUUAAGGCUACGCGGUUAUCAAUACAGUGGUGGAUUUUGUAGCUUAAAUAGCGCAUCAAUAUCAGGCAGCAAAGGGCACAUCACUUGGAUAGGUAAUUGGGUGACAUUCAUGGACAACAUGCUGCAGAUGUAUAUACUUGGAAAAGAUACCAGAGACUUAUAUAUUCCAACGAGUAUUGAAAAAUUGGUAAUUAGUCCCGCACUUCAAGCAUCAAAAUUGCAGAAAAUGACAUCCAAAUUAAAUAAACAAAUACCUGUACGUGUAUAUAAAAAAAUAGGCGUAAUUAAAUCAGGUGGAAUAGAGAUACGUGGCCUGAAAGCUACCUCGAUUUCUCGUCGAAAACCAAUCGGAGAUCCCGUCAUCGAAGAACAUAAAUUUAUAGCUCAUCAGGAUCACGCUGAUAUUUCGUUAAAUGAAGCUAUUCGAAUAUCGACGCAGCUAGCGCUAGAAGAUCAUCAGAUCAUUAAAGCAACAGCCAUAGAGCUAGUGGAAGAUGCUGAUGAUGUAAUGUUAGAAGAUCUAUCAUCAACGUUACUGAUUGAAGCUCUUGCUGAUAUUCCUUUAAUACAAGCAAAUGUUGUUAUACUAACAUCGCCGAAUCGUUUCAAUCCAAAGGAACUGUCUUCAAAUGUUUCGAUCGCAGACUUAAAUAAACCAUUUGUAGGCGACAAAGCUUUGAUAGCUACAGGAUUUAAUCUUUUGACGAAACAUCAGAAUUCAUUAGAACAACUUUUGCCUCUUUUGAGGGAUGGCGGUUAUCUCUUAACACGCGAGAAAUGCAAUCUAAAUAAGUAUGAAAAAUAUUUGAGUGAAUGUGCAUUAAGUGUUAUUCUGGAAAAACGUACGGAUAAAGAAAUAAUUAUACUAUUGAAGAAAAAGAUUAUAAUAACAAAAACAAUUGUCGUCUACAUAAAUAAUAUUAAUUUUAAUUGGCUAGAAGAGUUAAAGCAACUUGUAGACAACAAGAACAAACACAAUAGUAAUAGCAGAAUUAUAAUUGUUGGAGAAGAAGACUUUGAAUGCGGUUUAUUGGGUUUUAUUAACUGCUUGAGAAAAGAACCUGGUGGACAGCUGGUUAGAGGUGUGCUUAUUCAAGACAAGCAUGCUCCGAAAUUUUCUCUCCAAGAUCCAUUCUAUAUGCAACAAAUACAAAAAGAUAUGUUUGUUUGCGUUUUGCGACCUAAUAAAACUUGGGGAUCUUAUCGACAUUUGCGAUUACCGCAUCCAGAAGUCGAAUCCGUAACUGCCGCCUAUGUAUGCCAAACGGUUCGAGGCGAUUUAAGUUCUUUCUGUUGGAUGGAAAACGAUAUAUCUGUCGAUUCUCAUGGCAAUGAUAUAGUACGUGUGGCCUAUUCGUCCAUCAAUUUCAAAGAUGUAAUGCUAGCAACUGGUAAAUUAACAUCUGAUUUCCUAAAGUCGAAUCGAUUUCAUGACACGAGUCUUGGACUGGAAUAUGUAGGAUACGAUGGCAAUGGACAACGAGUAAUGGGAAUUUCUGACGAUAAGUGCAUAGCAAAUGUCGUUGUACAAGAUAAAGAUUUAUGUUGGAAUAUACCCGAUUCAUGGACAUUUGAGGAGGCAGCUACAGUGCCGUGUAUUUACACCACAAAUUAUUAUGCUUUAUAUCAUUUUGGAAAAAUGAAGAAGAAUGAUAAAGUACUUAUCCACUCUGGCACUGGUGGCAUUGGACAAUCAGCCAUUCAUCUCGCUCUUCAGGAAGGAUGUCAAGUGUUUACUACCGUGAGCACUGCAGAAAAACGUAAAUUCAUCAGAAAACUGUUUCCGGCUAUUCCCGAUAAGCAUAUUGGAAAUUCGCGUGACACGAGUUUCGAACAAAUGAUAAUGCGACAAACAAAUGGUCGCGGCGUUGAUAUUGUAUUAAACUCUUUGGCGGAAGAAAAACUUAUAGCGUCUGUUCGCUGUUUGGCAAAAAGGGGUCGUUUUCUAGAGAUUGGAAGGUUUGAUAUUUUGUCCAACAAUCUCCUAAACAUGUUUUUAUUUCAAAAAGGUAUCAGUUUUUAUUCUGUUCUUUUGGAUACAAUGCUUACCAGUAAUCAUAAAAAUAAAUCUCAGUUAUCCAAGUUAAUGGCUGAUGGUUUAAAAAAUGAAAAUAUUAAACCUAUUCAGAUGACAAUUAUUUUAAACAUACAUGAGGAUGGUAAAUCUUUCGAUUCACCAGUUGUUGCACACCGUCGUUAUUACUGCCAAAGCGAUAGAACUUACGUUAUACUAGGCGGCUUGGGUGGAUUUGGUUUAGAGUUAACUGACUGGCUGAUACUUAGAGGCGCUAAGAAUGUCGUACUAACUUCGAGAACUGGAAUAAAGAAUAGCUAUCAGCGAAUGAGGGUUGAGUUAUGGAAAUCGUACGGUGUAAACGUGCAGAUAGUUAAAGACGUAAAUCUUGCUAAUCCCGAAGAAUGUGAACAUUUUCUACAAAUGGCGGAAAAUCAAGCAUCAGUAGAUGCGAUAUUUAAUCUUGCUGUGGUUUUGAAAGAUUGUCUACUUAGGAACCAAACCAUGGAAACUUUCACGGAAUCUUUCAUGUCGAAGGCCUGGACGACACAGACAUUAGAUAAAGCAUCUAGAAAGAUCUGUUUAAAACUUCGACAUUUUGUAGUGUUUUCUUCCGUUUCUUGCGGAAAAGGGAACGCUGGGCAAACCAAUUAUGGAAUGGCCAAUUCCAUCAUGGAAAGAGUGUGCGAAAAAAGAGCGGAGGAAGGACUACCCGGAUUGGCAAUUCAAUGGGGGAGCGUGGGUGACGUAGGUCUCAUCGCUGACAUGCAGGAAGACAAUAAAGAGUUAGUUAUCGGCGGGACUCUGCAGCAGAAAAUAUCUUCCUGCCUUGUAGAAUUCGAGAAAUUUUUGCUCCAGAACCGACCGAUCGUAAGCAGCAUGAUUGUAAGUGAAAAGAAAACGGGAUUAUCGGGAUCAGAGAACAUAAUGGAAAUCGUUGCUGAUAUAAUGAAUAUAAAAAAUAUAAAAGUAAUAAGUCAAAAUACAUCUUUGGCUGAACUUGGAAUGGAUUCCAUGAUGACUAUGGAAAUCAGACAAACAUUGGAACGAAAAGUUGAUAUCUUGCUCACCCCACAAGAACUACGAAGCCUCACAUUUGCAAAAUUGAGUCAAAUGUCUAAUGCAAACGUUAAUAGCAACGAGACACAAACUGAAGCGGCAACUGAUAUAAAUAUAAUAGAUCUUACGAAACAACAGAAAUUGUUAUUUGGUGUCUUGAGAAAUCAAGAUUUUGUUUCAGAAAUUUGUUUAGAUCUUCCGACCAACACAGUGGAUAAUUCAACCUAUGUAUUUCUUGUACCAGGACUUGAUGGCUGCGGAACAAUAUUUAAUCAUUUAGCGUCAAGAAUUAAAUUUUCGGCAACAUCCUUGCAAUAUGGCAAUAUCGGUAUUGCAAACACUUUAUCUGAGAUGGCUGAUUAUCUCUUAAUGUGCAUAUCAUCACGAUUAAGAGACGAAAAGAAAGUCGUAAUAACAGGAUAUUCUUUCGGUUCUAUUCUUGCAAUUGAACUAAUAAGAAGAGUGGAGGCUACGGGUACUAAAAGUCGAUUAGUUCUCAUCGAUGGAGCUCCGGAAUAUGUAAUGAAUAGUGAUCUCAAUAAGUUUUUCUAUAUGAGCGAUGAAGAAAUUCAGAUUAAUAUUAUGAUCAUUAUUCUAAAUAUUUAUGAAACAAAAAUCAGUGAAGAGGUUUUAUUGGAAUUAAAAAAAUGUGAAACUUUGGAAAAAAGAUUUGAAAUAUUCGCCAAAUACUUUUCAAAAGUAAAUUCACUUCUGUCACGCUCAAAUUUGCAAACACUGUAUGCAACAAUUUAUAAAAAUAUACUGGCUAUUCGGCAAUAUGAUUUUUCUACAUUACCGCGUAUUAAAUCAUCCAUAACGUUGUUAAAAUCUACGUUGUCAUAUGCACCUGAACUCGAAGAGGAUUAUGGCUUGUAUAAGAUAACUGAAAACAAAGUUGUAGUACAUCACGUCGAGGAUAGUCACCUGACGAUCUUAGUAAACGAGAAAGUUGCGGAUGUAAUUAAUGAAGAAGCGUUUUGAGGUAUGGAGUUUGACUUGUUAGUCGAAUGGUUUAUGAAACUAACAACGAUCACAGCAAGAUAGAUGUUG